AGCAUUGGAGUGACGCAGUUUGGAAUUCCCACAUUUUCCGAUGUUCACGACAGGAAAGCUGUCUGUAAAAUAAUACCAGGACUAAUCGAGCUAAAACAGUGGAAUUGAAGUGAAGUACGCGGGAUAAGUUGUAGUUGCUGUGCUGAGCAUCAAGGGGGCAAUGUCUGACAGCAGCACAGGCAGCAGCCGCAGUGGAUCCUCGACCAACAGUUGGACCAUGCUGUCUCCAGAGGAAGCUGCUGAGAGCGUGGGUCCAGUGGAUGAUGGGACUGAGAGUCUUUGUGAUGUCCCUAGUCUGUCAGAGGAAGUCACAGGGGCCACUGUGGAGUCUAAGCCAAGUGACCCGGAGACUCCAAUACAAACAGUUCUGUCAGAGGAGGGCCAACAGGUCUGUACUGUUUGCCAGGAAACGACUCCUGAUAUCUGCGAGGGCCCUGUCCCUUCCAUCCCUACCCUGUUAAGCCCAUCCCCGUCUAGCCAUGCGCCCCUUGACCCUGACCUGGCGAGUCAGCCUGAACCCCCCAUCAUCCAUGAUAUGGUAACCAGCUCCCCCACUGACAAUGAGCAACUCGCAGCCAUGCCCUUUGUCACUCAUGUCGACCUGGUUGUGCCACUGAAUGUUCCCUUCACAGAACCACCCCCAGAGGUUGAGCCUGAGUUAAGCCCUGUCCCUGAGAGCUCCAACCUUGUUACCCACACUGUUCCAGGCCCUGUACCUGAGAGUCUUGCCCUAGAAACUAGUGCCGAAUCUGACAUAAGCAUUCACACAGACUCUGUCACCCCAACGGGCUCCCAAUCUGACAUUGUCACUGAUAUUGGCCCCCUCCCAGAGAGCUCUGAGGAGCCUCUAAGCCCUGCCCCAGAACCCCAUGCUGCUCCAGAAAGCCCAGCCCCUGAUGGUCCUCCUCCAGAGACCAUUGGUUCAGAGGAGUCAGCAGAAGAGCCAGCAGUGGAAAAGGAGGAGACUGAAUUGCCUGAAAAAGUGACUGAUAUACCAAAGGAAGACGAAUCUCCCAGUAGCUUUGACUUUGGAAGAGCUGACACGAGUUCUGAGGAAGGAGUUGCUCUGAGGAGGAGAUAUGUGGCACCAGAAAUGGCAUCGGAAGAUGAAGAGGUGGAGUUCAAAAUGGCAGAGAGGAAAGAGAAGGGCUUCUCUAUGAACACAUGCAUUGUGUGUGGCCUUGUCCUGCUCUGUCUAGGGUCCCUCUUCCUCUCCGAUGACUCGGAUGAGCUGAGUGGGAAAGAACAAAACCAGGACUGGCUAAACGAUCCUCAGGAGAUGAAGGAGCUUUUGGAUAAACUGGCACAAGAAAAUCUGCAAAUCUCCCAGUUAGAAACACAACUCCAGGCCCAUAAAGAGGAACUUGACUCCGUCCUAAAUGCAGGAUCCGCAAAGGGUAAUGAAAACGGAAAAGGAGAUCUGGAGCAAGAAAAUGAUAUGAAAGAAGAGCUGUCAUCCCUGCCUGGCCUGAAGGAGGAGCUGGAAACGCUGAGGGCUAGAGUGACCGAACUGUCCCAAAUCACAGAAGCCAACAAGGAAACACCCCCACCUCCCUCAAGCCCAACUCCACCCCCUACUGGCCAACCUGGGAUUAGCAACCAGAGUAGCACCACAGCAGGGCCCGAAAGAAGGAGGGAUCCGAGAGAGGGGGCCAGGGUGAAGGAAGAGCUUCAGAAGCAGAAGGUGCUUUUGGAGGAAAGCAGAAAGAGACUGGAGGGGAUGAAGAAGGAUGGUGGGUAUAAGAAGGAUGGUGGGUACCAGAAGACGGUGAGGGAGAGCCUGGCUGAGAUCCAGAAGAGGCUCAGUGAGCAGGUGGAGAAGAUGGGGAACAGGAUUGAGGGCAAGAAGAAGCCAAGGGAGAGCGGGAACAAGAGGGACGGGAAGAAAGCCAAGGACAACAGCAAAGACCACUGGAAAAAGGAGAAGAAGGAGUGGAAGGGAGAGAAAGACUGGAAACACUGCAAAGACAACAAAGACAAGAAUGAGGGUGGAUGCAAAGAGAAAGACAAGAGGAAGGACAAGGACUGGAAGGCAAACAAACAAAACUCUCAUAAAGAGGCCUGGAGGAAAUCCCAGGAUGAGUGGGAGAGAAAGAAGAAUGAGCGCAGGGUGGACAGGGAUAAAAGAAAGCAGGAGAGGCCCUGGCAGUCCAGGAAAGACUACAAGAAAGAGUCCAAUCAUCACCAUCAACACGACUCCAACCAUCAGCAGCAACAUCACCACCACCACCAGACCCACCAGUAUGACCACACCAGCUUCUGGAAGCACCAGGAGGAGAAACUUGGACGCAACGUUCGCCCCCUGGCGGGCUGUAGAGGUGUUGAGGACUGCGCUAGCCAGGAAGGGCUCUUUCCUGUGGAACUGUCUGAAUUUGAGGAGUUAUUAGACGGCUACCUGAGCAAGCUGGAGAGGGCUACGCCGGACAGCAAAGCCGAGAUUCAGAAGUUGGUCGGCAUGUUUUUUCAAGACGGUGUGUUCGUCCAUGACAAAGUUCUCUUCAGUGACUUCGCUGAAGAUGUGGCGGACAUUUUAGAGGACAUGGCAGACAUUUUGGAGGUUGAUGGGCAGGAUGAUGAAGCCCUGGAGGAGGCGAUGGAGGAGUUUGAGCGAGAAGCUUUGUGGAAGUUUGCAGCCACUGCAUAGAUAGAAAUAAACCAGA